CUUUUUCCGUUGUGAUACUACAUAGCGUGACAUAUCGUUGCUGGUUAACAAAUACACUGCUUCUCACACACCCCUCGUUCUAUUUUCAUUCGAAAUUGAGUUAACUGAGAUCUAAAAUAAAUAUUAUUUACAUUCAUAGACUGUGAGAGCGAAUACACCAUACCUUACUUUGGAUUACACCACUGAGGAGUUCAUCGAUACGUUUGGAAUUACCAAGCAUCUAUAAUUGUGGAUUUAUUGUACCAGAUUAAAGCCGAACACGCAUCAUUUUGGGUGAACUUAAGUAAAGUCCCAUUUUUACUGUAUUUGUAACAUUUAACUGAUAUAUAUUAAUAUUGCUAUUGCUUUUUAUUAACUUUGUUGAUACUUUUGCGUUUAUAUAUCGUCUGGUCCACCACAAUUAUUUGGUGAGCCUCGUCUUUUUUAUAGACAUCUAAUAUAUAUAUCUACAUAUUUUUUUAUUAUUAUUAAUUGGCGCGACACCAUUUUUUGUUUUUGACAUUAUGAACUCUCCUAAUAAACUUAUCGAUAUAGAUAGCCCAUCAACCAACCCCUUUCAUUCAUCACAGCCAGAAGAUAAUGUUUUAAACUCAAUCAACGCUAUUUCUGAACUAAGAUUACCAACAUACGGUGUCAACAACCCUAGAAUUUGGUUUGCUCAAGUUGAGGCAUUAUUUUUGGCGAGGGGUAUACGUUCGCAAGCGACUAAAUAUGCCCACGUCGUCGGUGCACUACCUAUAGAAGUAGCAACGGAAGUUGGUGACCUGAUUGACAACGUACCAGAAACUGACCCUUAUAACAAGAUAAAAGCUGCAGUAAUCCAACGCACAUCGCUGUCAGAUAAAAAACGUUUACAACAACUUCUUACCUCGCGCGAGCUAGGGAAUAAGAGACCUUCACAGUUGCUCCGACACAUGCGACAGCUAGCCGGCCCUUACAAAUUAGACGGAACGCUACUUAAGCAAAUGUGGUUACAAAGGUUACCACAUAGUGUUAGACAAAUCCUCAGUAUUUCAGGAACCUCUGUCAUCCUCGACGACUUAGCUGACAUGGCUGAUAAGAUGAUGGAAUUAUAUCCCGAUAGUCGCGGAAUCUACGCGAUACAAACCUCUAGUAGGGAUGCUAUAAACCCCCCUCUGGACAUUCAGCAGCAAAUAGUACACUUAACUCAGCAAGUAGCAUCGUUGCAGGCGACCAUUGCCACGAUCCACUCUCGUCCUGUCAGAUCGAUCUCGAGAAAGCGAUCAAGGUCCAGACCUCGCACUAGGUCAUCCAAACGGGCAGCUGACAUUUGUUGGUAUCACUGGAAUUAUGGAGAGAAAGCACGUCGUUGCACUAAACCGUGCAACUUUACGACAAACAAGCCAGAUUAUCAGGGAAACGAGCCGGCCAGACAGUAAUGGCGGCGUCUGUUACUGGCCAACAAGUUAGCCGACUCUUUUACAUCAGGGAUCGCAUUUCUGGAUCGGAUUUUUUAGUAGAUACAGGAGCAGAAAUUAGCAUUAUCCCACUUCACCUCUCCCGAAGACAACAAACAACAAACAUCAAGCUGUCUCUCAUUGCGGCUAACGAAUCGAUUCUCAAAACUUACGGAGAGCAAUCUCUUAUAUUAGACCUCGGACUCCAAAGACGAUUCACAUGGGUUUUCAUAGUUGCCCAAGUCAAACGACCCAUCCUCGGAGCUGAUUUCCUCAGUGCCUACAAUUUGUUAGUAGAUAUGACCAAGAAGAGACUAGUCGACGCAAAUACACGUUUACAGGUAGAUGGUACACCUUCCAACGACUAUGAAAUCCAUGGUGUACGGAUAAUGAAACCUGUAAACAACGUUUUCAACGACAUUCUGUCAGAAUACGAAUGCAUCACGAAAUCAGAUGAUCAAAAGGAAUGUAAUCCACAUCAGGUGCAACACCACAUCAUUACCACCGGUCCACCUAUUAGCGCCAGGGCGAGGAGACUACCACCAAGCAAGUUACAAGUAGCUAAAAGAGAAUUCGAACAUAUGAUGCAACUUGGUAUUAUCAGACCAUCCAACAGCCCUCGGGCCUCGCCGUUACACAUGGUACCAAAGAAAGACCAAGAUUGGCGUCCGUGUGGUGACUAUCGCCGUCUGAAUAAUCAAACCAUCCCUGACAGGUACCCUAUCCCUCAUAUACAUGACUUCUCGUUAAAUUUAUAUGGUAAAUGCAUCUUCUCGAAACUUGACCUCGUGCGCGCAUACCAUCAAAUUCCGAUGGCACCAGAAGACAUCGAGAAAACAGCCAUAAUCACACCUUUUGGUUUGUUUGAGUUUCUAAGGAUGCCAUUCGGAUUGAAAAACGCUGCGCAGACAUUCCAACGCUUCAUGGAUGAAGUAACAAGAGGCCUUGAUUUCGUGUUUGCCUACAUCGACGAUGUUCUGAUUGCAAGCUCAUCUUUAGAAGAGCAAAUCCAACAUGUCCAGAUCCUUUUUGAUCGUUUUAAACAACACGGCGUCGUCAUCAAUCCUUCGAAAUGCAUAUUCGCAGUCCCAGCCUUAGAGUUUUUGGGACAUUACAUCGACUCACAAGGGAUCAAACCACUUCAGACGAAAGUUGAAGAUAUUACUAACUACCCCGAACCAACCUCGAUGAAGUCAUUACGACGCUUCCUCGGUAUGUGUAAUUUUUAUCGCCGCUUCUUACCACAUUAUGCUGAAGUAUUACAGCCAUUAACCGAUCUGCUGAAAGCCGACAAAAAAGGUACGAAGAAAGAGAAGAGCCAGACAUUCAACCUACCCCCUGACGCCAAAACAGCAUUCGAGAAAGCAAAGUUGAUGAUAUCCAAUGCUACCAUGCUACAGCACCUAAACACCGAUCCCACAACAAACCUCAUCCUCUGCACUGACGCCUCCCAAAAAGCAGUAGGAGCAGUAUUACAGCAAUGCGUUAACGACAAGAUUACUCCUAUAGCGUUCUUUUCCAAACGAUUAUCAUCAACUCAAGAGCGUUAUAGCACCUUCGGACGCGAACUUCUGGCUAUGUACUUAGCUGUAAAACACUUCAACUUCCUCCUUCAGGGACGCGAUUUCACCAUUAUGACUGAUCAUAGACCACUUUGCUAUUCUUUCAACACGACCUACGACAAACAUUCUCCACGGGAAGCCAGACAACUGGAUUACAUUUCUCAAUUCACUACGGACAUCCAGUUCAUCAAAGGCUCCUCCAACAUUGUCGCUGACGCUCUAUCUAGAAAGGAUAUCAACAUGAUGGUACACAACCACAACAUCAGUCUUGAAGCUUUAGCUAAACUAUAAGUGGACGAUGUAGAUUUGAAGGUCUGCAACGAGAAGUCUAACUUGAAUCUUAAACCUGUACCCAUUCCUUUCUCAGAUGCAUCUAUUAUUUGCGACACUUCAACGGGUAACAAUCGCCCCUUUGUGCCACAACCCUAUCGACGAAAAAUAUUUCAACAGCUACAUGGACUGUCGCAUCCAGGCAUCAGAGCUACCACGAAGCUUAUCACAGAACGCUUUGUUUGGCCAAAAAUCAAUUCGGAUGUUAAACGUUGGACACGUAACUACCUCCAGUGCCAACGCAGCAAAAUCCAAAAACACACUACCAGCCUGAUCGAGGAAUUCCCUAUUCCCGACAAACGUUUUCAACAUAUUCAUUUGGACUUAGUUGGGCCACUGCCUCCGUCAAACUCCUUCACCCACAUUCUCACUGCGGUGAACAGGUUCACAAGAUGGGCCAUAGCCUGCCCUAUGAAAGACACUUCGGCAGAAACAGUCGCUUCAGUCUUCCUCGACCGCUGGAUAUCUAACUACGGAGUACCUUCCAUCGUCACUACCGACCGUGGUCCCCAGUUUCAGUCUAUCUUAUUUCAGGAAUUCACAAGACUUUUGGACGUGAACCACAUCAAAACAACAGCCUACCACCCGGCAGCUAACGGCUUGGUCGAAAGAUUUCACCGCCAAUUGAAAAGCUCGCUGAUGGGACAAGAUGAUACGACAAAAUGGAGUGACGCAUUACCACUUGUACUCCUGGGUAUCCGUUCAACUAUAAAGGAAGAUAUAGGUUGUACAGCCGCUGAGCUAGUUCAUGGUAAAACCCUUACAUUACCAGGCCAACUAGUGGACCCAAACACUUUAACACCAAUGGACCCAAGUCGUUUUGCUAGCCAACUGCUGCAGACCAUGCAACAGAUCAAAGCCAUACGCCUCGUGAACAUAACAAUCGAAUACAACUCGACAGAAAUCUAGAAACAUGCGUGUUUGUCUUUGUUCGAGUUGAUGCUGUUAAAAAACCAUUGAAACAACCAUACGAAGGUCCAUAUAAAGUAAUUAAACGCACACAAAAAUACUUCAUCAUCAGCAGAGAUGGCAACAAGCAGACUAUUUCUAUAGACAGAAUCAAACCUGCUUUUUAUGAAGCUACUCAAGUCAAAGAAGACAACGCUGUUGACAAUCAACCCCUCUCACCAGUGACUGAAAAACCAGUGGAAGAUAAAAAACUUAAUACUAAGCCUUCUUGUUUAACACGCUCCGGCAGACCUAUAAACAAACCCAAGCGUUAUGUCCAUUUCGUCGAUUAAAAAAACAAAAAACAAAAACAAAGCACACACU